AUGAAAAAAGUUGCAAAUGACUUUGAUAACAAAAAUAGUCACUCUUCUAUCAAACUGCAGGCAUUAGAAAAUGUCAAGUAUCCAAGAAAACACAAAGACAACAGCCGUUCUAAAUACUUGCCAAAGGACUUUGGUCACCCAAUUCGAUGCCACCAAAAACAAUAUGACUAUCAUAUCUCUGUUGGCAAGAGUUUUAAAUAUCAGCCCGACUUUUAUGUCUCUCAUGAGAUGGUCAAUGAUGUCAAAAGUGGAUUUAGCUCUACUGCUGACAGGUUGUGUGGUUUUUGGGUCCUUGCCCACUUGAUCUACAAAGAUCAAAAUAAGUUUCCACUUAAAAAAAUAAUUCAGCAUGGUUCUCAACUCGAUCACAGCAACACCAGCAACAUCAGCAAUACCAAUACCAAUACCAACACCAAUUUCAUCUCAUCUGCGUCUACUCAGACAAUCUUAACACUCCCUCAACAAUCUUUCUUCUAUUUGCCCUUCCCAACAAUAAAACUAAACAACAAUAACAACCUCUGA